CUGCGUAUGUCAUGAUGGAUUAGCGGCGGCGGCGGGGAGCUCAGCGCCGGAGGAUCAGACCCAGACGGGGAAGGAGGAGGAAGAAGAGGAAAGAGAGCAAGUGGGGAGGGGGCGUCUCUCCCCUCCGCCGCGGCGAGGAGAGGCGAGGUUUCCCCCCGGCCAAGGCAAAGAGGGCGAAAGCGGAGGAGGAAGCCGUCCUUCCGCCGACUUCCUGGAGAAGCCCUCCCUGCGGGGAGUUUCGCCCGAGUUUCGCCCGGCUUUACCUGCAGAAAACAGGAGGAAGAGGAGGAAGCACACACACACCUGACCACAAUGAAGGACCGGCUGGAGCAGCUGAAGGCGAAACAGGAUCAAGAUGAUGCUGAUGAUGACUUGGAAAUUGCCAUCGAUAACACCGCUUUUAUGGAUGAAUUCUUUGCAGAGAUUGAGGAGACCCGACAGAAUAUCGACAAAAUCUCAGAGAAUGUAGAAGAGGCAAAAAAGAUAUACAGCAUUAUCCUGUCUGCCCCCAUCCCUGAACAAAAGACAAAAGACGAUCUGGAACAGCUCACAGCAGAUAUCAAAAAAAUGGCUAACAGUGUCCGAAACAAACUUAAGAGCAUGGAGCGCAAUAUUGAGCAGGAUGAGGUCCGAUCAUCAGCUGAUCUGCGAAUACGGAAGUCCCAGCAUUCAGUCCUUUCCCGAAAAUUUGUUGAUGUGAUGACGAAAUACAAUGAGGCACAAGUGGACUUCCGGGAACGGAGCAAAGGAAGAAUUCAGCGGCAGCUUGAAAUCACUGGGAAGAAUACAACAGAUGAGGAACUUGAAGAAAUGUUAGAGAGUGGGAAUCCUUCAAUAUUCACAUCUGGGAUCAUGGAUUCCCAGAUUUCAAAGCAAGCACUGAGCGAGAUUGAGGGACGGCAUAAGGAUAUUGUACGGCUUGAAAGUAGCAUCAAGGAGCUUCACGAUAUGUUUGUGGACAUUGCCAUGCUGGUAGAAAACCAGGGAGCCAUGAUUGACCGCAUAGAGAACAACAUGGACCAAUCUGUAGGCUUUGUGGAAAGAGCCGUUGCUGACACCAAAAAGGCUGUAAAGUUUCAGAGUGAAGCCCGAAGGAUGUUCCCAAGCUUCUCCUGCGUUGAUAGCAAGACUUCCCCUCUUGAUCCUCUCCACCGUGGUGUGACCUUUCCUUGCCUCCCCUCCAGCCCAGCCUCUUGGAUUAAGUGUGAAUGGUUCCCUGCAGAAUGAGUUUAUUUUCACCAGUGCUUCCUAUGAAAGCCACAUGUUGUUCUGGUUCAUUCCUUGGAUAAAGCUCUGUAGCUGGAAUAUCCCAUCUACCUGGAUGAAUCCCCCAAGUCUAGGGACUACAUAGCACUCCAGAGAGGAAUCUUCUAUCAAAUCUGUUCCCUAUCCAUCCCUUCCUUUCCCACUACACUUGGUGCCUCCAAAUGAAGCAUUUCCUGUGUUGAAGUCUACAGCCUUCUGAAACGUUCUACUGUACAGUUGAAUGAACCUUAAAGGGAACUGUGGAGUUACAAACCUACCUCACUGCCUUGUUUUCAGUGGUGCCUUUUUCAUUUUGAACCAUGAUGUCAAGGAAAUGCCAGACAUUGUUACUUACAAAAAUGUUUAAUAUUAUUGGGUAGGAGCCAAAGUGGAACCUGCCACAUAAUUCCAAGCCGCCAUCCUGUUUUAUAUGCUGGCUGGCCUUUGAAGGAUGGAGCAGAUUUUUCAAACCCUACGUUGCUUGCAAGUUGCUUCUCUUCUCACACUGGUACUCCUUCAGCACAUCUUGCUCACAAAGAGCCUAAAAAGAAGUUAGGGUAAGGAACUAUGCUGAAUACCUAAUACAGCAAGAUAUUUACACAAAGUUUGAAUCCAGCCAUCUCAAGGAGAGUGAUCAUUUGAGGAUCCAAUACACUCCCAACAUGAAAAUGCCAAGAUCAUGGUCACAGUUGCAUUAGUAUCGAAAUCCUCCAGAUCUGAACUCUUUAUAUUCCUUUUUUUUGUUUCAGCUUUGUGCCUCACAAUAGAGAUUCCAUACUUUGGGCACUUAGAACUGGUCUUUGAGGAAAGGGAAAGCUGUCAUAAGAUGCCCAUAGCUGAAGACACUCUUUAGAGUUAUGUGUUGUGUUGCCUGGAAAUUUGAUAGCUCACUUCACUUGUUUUGAAUGCAAUUCAAUUUCUGUGUGGAUGCGAUUAUUUCCUAAUUGAACAUUUAAUUUUACUGGAGUGAGUAAAAACAUGAUUGUGUGUUUUCACUCCUUAGUUAUGUAAUUACAUUGUUUGCAUUUGUCGAUGACAUAAGGAUUAUGAUUAAUCAAAGGCGUUGUUUGUUUUGAGAUGUUUUUGUUUGGUUUUUUUUUUACUGUGGGUUUCUACCUCCUUUGAAAAGACGUGUUGCACGCACCCUGCCCAUAAUAGCUGUUUGCAAUCCGGCAACUUGGUUACAGAACAGGGAAAAGCUGGUUAUCAAGCAAUAAGGAAGGACAACUGAGAAAUAUGCCCUCCUGACAUCUCAAUUCCAAGCAGAUAAAACCUUGUUGGAUAAAAAUCUGGUUGAAACAUAAUUUUAUCUUCUGUUAAGUGUUGCAAUUUUUAUAUUCUAAUGAUAAAAAUCCCUUUGAGCUUUGUUUCCAAAUAAUGAGUCUUAAAUUUCUUUCUAUGAGUAACUUGGUUGUUAUUAUUACUACUACUUGUAAACUCUUUGGUCCUGUUGCUGCUUUGCUUUCAGCUGGACCUUGUCCUACACAGCUAUCAUUCAUGGUAGCAAGAGGGCUCGUUUGUGUAUUUUUGUGAUAUGUAAAAUUGGCUAGAAUAUCAUGUGAGGUCCUUGUGUGAAGAAACAGGUUUGACCAAGCUUAGCUGUAGUUUAAGAGCAAGUGCCAGAUUUUUCUCUUCAGUCUUGUCAUAUAUACAAUUACAACAUGAUGAUUCCACUUCAACUGCCAUGGUUCCAUGCUGAGAUUUGGUUUAGGGAGGAUUAUUUAGAAUUAUCAGAUUGAGAGGUUAUACCUCAAGCUAUAAAUUCUAUGAUUCCACGGCAUGCAGACAUGGUAAUUAAAGUGGAAGUACAGCUCUAUAAUUGUAUAGUGUUAAGAGGGCCCAGUAAAUUCACUGCAUGGAAGUCUUAUCUCAGGGUUUAGUCAUGGUAGUAAUAUUUAUAUUGAUAUUUUUAAGGGCAGAUGCACCCAAAAUUAUUUUAGAUUUACCCAGAUUAUUGGCUGGAAAGAUAACCUUAGCUGAUCUCACCUAUGUGAGGUAACAACACUUUGAUUGGAAUUUAAGGAUUUAUUUUCUGGGAAAGAUGACCCCCCGCCUUCUUGGUCACUAGCACAUCCUUCUUGAUGCACCUAUUUCACACAAUACACCAUUCACACCCACAUUGUGCCAUUUUGAUGCUGUAAAUAUUCCUGUUUUCCUUUGUAAGAAGCGUUUGUAUUGCCCUCAACAGUGAGCGCACAGACGGAGCUAGGAGGAUGUCUCUCCAGAUGUCCUUUCCUCUAGGCUUUGAUGUCUGAAACUUGCAGGGUGGUGGUUGAGGCUUUGUUUGGAAUGACCAGCCUUAAGGGCCAUCUGCUUUAUCUGGACAACAGCAUAUUAGGUUCCAGCAAUGCUUUUUGUUUUUAAAAUGUAAAAAUAAAUGAAUUUAUUUAAACAUAAAUAUGUGGCAUGCAUGGUGAACCUCUGGACUGGACGUUGGCAGUACAAGCAACUGUGCCUGUAUUGUUUGGGCUUCUGUAUUUCAUUGUGCUAUUAGUCUUGGUGUGAGAAACAUUAUUUUUGGACUACAAUACCCAAGUUCUGGGUGAUGUCUAACACUUAGAACUGAGAGCAUUGUAGUCCAAACAUAAUGCUUCUGUGUAUACUUUGUGACAUCCCUGCAGCCUAUGUGGUGGAGGGGAGAACAUUACUGGUACAAACAUAAAUGGAUUGAGUUCUGUGUAAGCACAUUUAGAGCACAAAACAGCACUGGAAUCCUUUCUCCCAUAUCUCUUUGGAUACGGUUAUAUUUUAAUGGGGGCUUGCAUAUGUGGAGAUUGUUUUGAAACUUUACCAAAUCCAUCUGGACAAAUUUUACAGGAAUCGGGGGGAAAAAAGCUGAGGAUAUGUAUUCUUUUGCUUGAAAAUGCAAUUGAAGUGAUUUGCUACAUUCUGAUAAUUUUGAUCGUCCAUCAUAUUCUACUCCUAGCCAACAAUGUAUUGCCACCUAAACAUUUUUUGGAAACAAACUCCACAUAUGUCAUUGUUCUGAUGCUAGUAUCUCUGGCAUGCUUUCUUCAUAAAUUGUCAAGAACUCUUCAGGAACCAAAAUAGUGCUUUGCUAUUAUGUAAAACUAAAAAAUGGAGGAGACAGGUUCUUUCUAGAAUAUUUUGGUAUCAUCUAUACCUGUGAAAGAAGAACCCAUAAUUCCCUCAUUCUUGUAGAUUAGAUCCCAAGCUUCUAGUCUACAACGUGUUCCCAUUACCUGCAAAAGCCCCAUCCCUUUUUCCCUCUCACCAGCCCCGUUUUGCUUAAGUAAGUCUGGGUAUAUUUGCUUUUAAUUUUUACUUUCACUGAGCAGAAGAAGAUCAUGAUCAUGAUAUGCUGCAUCAUUCUUGCCAUCAUCCUGGCCUCUACUAUUGGGAGCUUCUUUACCUGAGCACCCAUCCCUGUCCCUCGCCACUUGCCUCAGGUGAGUUGCCAAUAGAAAGAGGAUCUCAUUGUUAAUUGGAGUAAUUGCAAUCACCCAUAUCAGUACAUUGCCUUCUGUUGUACAAUUUUCCAAUUGGACUAGUAUAGAUCUAACAGUGCUGCUGCAGAAUGUCUCACCAGACAGACUACACAAGAACAAAUCAUGCUGCCAUCAGAGUUGAAAAGGAUUAAGUGGAAAAAAAGAUGUCAACCUAGGAAUAAAUAAGCCUUUGCAAUCCAGUAGGGUGAGAACAGAAGAUCCACAAGUUGAAAUUUACAGAAAAUCAGAAUGAGAAUAAGUUGAGAGGUUAACAGUUGUUUAAAGACAAUGUCUGUGUAGUUUCAUCUAUGUUGUCUGCUAUUGUUUAUCGCUUUCCAUUUGUUACCGUCUCACUACUUUACUUUGUCUUUCCUUUCAGAACGGAUCUGCAAGAUGGCUUUUUUCUUUCAUGCCUCCCCAGGUCCUACCGUCUGCAGUGCUUCCUCAUUUUAUGGACAUAUCAUCACCUUUUGGAACAUUUUAGCUAAAUACCAGGCACCUGGGGUAAAAAGAGGAAAAGCCAGAACAAGGCCCAAGCUUAGAAUACUGGAAUGGAGUAUACAAGAGCAAAUGUGAAGAUUACUGGAGCACCGGGGCCUUGUUCCUAGCUUCUUUCUUUGGCCAAAUUGUUUUUAUUCGUUCCUUAGAAAUCUCAAAUUGACCUUGGCCUUCAGUUGUGCGGACUCCUUCUGCCCAGUAGUAACCCCUGCAGUGAAAUGGAAACAUUUGGGGAGAGCUCUUAAUGGUUUAUUGUGUAACUCCUCUAAAGAUAGUUAGAAGAUCACAAUCACUUGUUCGCCCACGAUUUUAGGGUGUUUUCCCUAGCCAUGCUUUCUCUUCUUGCUUAAAAUAUGUCAAAGGAAAAAUUAUUUUUAAUAGAAGCUCUUCUUAAUAUCUCCAAAGGUUUAUUUAUGGAGUUGUGUAUGGAGAGAUUGAUCAUCCCAGAGUCUCCUCAGCUGUUGACUAAUGUUGCUACAUAAGCCCCCGUCAUUCUUCUGGUCUGUGUGUGUUUGUAUACAUAUACAUAAACACACACACAUAAAUGCAUGUAUGCCAACUCUAUUUUUCCAAUGUAUGACAAAGAAUUCUUCAGGCUGUGUCUGCAGGCACCUCUAGUGGAUCCAUGGGCCUAUUCUACCAAGAUUCUUUGUCUAAUUUGUCACAGUUGUAUUGAUAUGUAUAACUUAUUAUAUAGGUCCCGCAUUAUAUUUUUAUGUAUACUGUAUAACCAGUGUCCUGGGCAAGAGAACUUGUCACGUACUUUAACAACCUAAGCUGUAUUUAUUCAAGUGUAUGUGUUUCCUGCCCUGUGGCAUUUCCAUUAGCUCCUUCUCCAGCUAGGGAAAACCCUGAUACUGUUUUCCCUGUAAAAAUAAUUAUCACCUGGCAGAGGAAGGGGGAUCUCUGCAACUGCAUGAUGACCUGUCAUUCCUUGUAAAAAUUCAAAAGUCCCAGCCACUAGUGUGUGAAAUGGGAAUAAGGUAUUUUUGUUGAAGAAAAGCUUAUUGGAAGCUUUAAAUUGUGGCUCAUGUAAGCUACUUCGCUAGUAUUGAGAAGGCAUGGGUGUUAAAGGAAUUUUCCUGAAUAAAGAGUACACUUGACUGAA